AUGGAGCCGGAGCCUGAUCAGCUAAAGGCCGCCACCGGUGGGGGCCACCGCAAGCACCUCGCCAUGCUCGAGCGCCUCUCCAAGCGCUCCUCCUCCUCUGCCGGCGCCCCACCCUCGGAUUCCUCUGACGCCUCGCCCGUCGAGGCCUUCCUUUCCCGCUUCGCCGGCGCCAAGCUCGACACGGAGUCAUCACUCUCCGCCUGCCGCUCCUCCUCUUCCGGAGACGACUCAACCGCAUCUCUGGCGGCUGCUGCGGUCGCCAUCGAUGGCAUCGAUCGCCUCAUCGCCGAGGCGUCCCAUGCGCUGCCCCCCUACGAGCUGCGCGCCGCCCUCGCCACAGCCGCCGACCUCCGCGCGGCACACAGGGUCGCCGCCUCUGAGUUCCGUCCCAAGAAGUCCUUCUCCUUCAGGAACAAGAACAGGAAUCUCAAGAACCCGCCUCAGGAUCAUGUCACCGCAUCGCCACCGCAGCCACCUCCUCCGGAGCAGCCGAAGCCUAGUCUGGACGCGAUCCUACCAGGGUUCGGGUUCCGGGGCAAGAACGGCGCCACCUUUGUGAAGGAUCUGCGAGUCUCCAACGACAAGGAUGGGGAUUUCACGCUCGCGGAUUUGGUUUCCUGCGAGGUCUAUCUCAAGGGCAAAUGCCGGGCUCUGUACAUCCACAAGCUGAGAGAUUGCCGUGUGUUCGUUGGAGCUGUUCUUGGUUCUGUGCUUAUAGAGGACGUCCAAGGCUGCAUAUUUGUGAUGGCAGCACACCAGAUCAGGAUUCAUGAGGCGAGGGUGACGGAUUUCUACUUGCAGGUGAGGAGUAGGCCUAUCAUUGAGGAUUGCAGUGGUGUAAGAUUUGCACCAUAUGUUUUGAAUUAUGAAGGGAUUGAAGAAGAUUUAAAGGACUCUGGACUUGAGGAGGAGACCGGCGAAUCAGAUAACCUCGGUGGUGAUUUGAAAGCCAUCUGGAAACAGGUUGUAGAAGACCAGAAACUGAGGGAGAGGAUUCAACACCUGGGCGGUCAAGCUGGUAUUGGAAGGAUGGAAUCUGCUUUGUUUGAAACACGGUCAAAGUUCUUUCAAGCAAAGGAGAACAGGUGGUCUGUUGCAACUACAUUUGCAAAGAACUUCUUAGAGUUCCCAACUGUCAUAACAGGUUCAGCCACUUGUUGCCACCCUCCAAACUGCCCAUGCAGUUCCCAGGUCAGCUACAAAUCUGUGAUACCUGCAGCAGACAGUACAGGACUACCAGAAUGUGUAGGGGAGAACUUGGCACUUGGCUGGCUAAUAAGGAUUGGGUUGUUACAGCUCAUCAGCAGCAUGGGGGGUGUACAAAGGGAAUCAGUUCCUGAGACAUUUAUGCUCAAUUGGUUGAGGCUGCAAUCUGUUCAGAGUAAAUUUCAACAAGUGAUUGUGAUAGUGACAAGGUGA